AUGUGGUUGCGGGAGGAGGUGUUUAGGGAGGUGGUGGAGCAGAGUUGGAGUCGAUCAUAUGGUUUGGAUAUUUUCCAGAGGAUUGAGAAAUGCCGUCAGGAUAUAUGGCGUUGGGGUCGGUCUUAUAACAAAGACUUCCAGUUACAAAUUGACCAGUGCAAGAAGAUGUUAGAGGUGCUUCGCCCGAGGAGUGAUCCUCAAUCAAGUGUUGAGUAUGAUAGGGUCGAGAGGGAGCUGUUAACGCUCCUAGAACAACAACAUAUUUAUUGGCGCCAGCGUGCUAAGGAGCACUGGUGGAAAGAUGGGAACUUGAAUACAAUGUUCUUUCAUAAUUCAGUGAAGGCGAGGCAGGGUCGGAAUCAGGUAACAAAGCUGAGAAAUGAGGAUGGCUCACAUGUCACACCGGCGGACAACGCAAAUUUGGAGCGACCGGUGGCAAUGGAAGAGGUCACACUCUUCUAUAGACAGUUCAUAGAAACUGCAAAGCUCCCUACUAGGGCUAAUGAUACCCUCAUUGUUUUAAUACCGAAGAAGCCUGUUCCCGAAACUAUGAAGGAUCUGCGGCCUAUUGCGUUGUGCAACGUGCUAUAUAAGAUAGCUGCGAAGGUGUGUGCGAAUAGACUCAAAGGCCUUCUUGACAAAAUUAUCUCCCAGUCUCAGAGUGCAUUUGUGCCGGGAAGGUUAAUCACCGAUAACAUAAUGCUGGAUUUUGAGGCACAUCACUAUUUAAAACGAAAGACCCAGAGUAGGACGGGGGUGGGAGCCCUAAAGAUUGACAUGAGCAAGGCCUAUGACAGGGUAGAGUGGCGGUUCUUGAGGGCCGUUAUGAUGAAAAUGGGUUUUAGCUUGAAGUGGGUGAAUAUCCUUCUCGAGACAGUUAGUUGUGUUAAGUAUCAUAUUUUGUAUGAGCAGAAACACCUGGGGCCGAUCAUCCUGGAGCGAGGGCUAAGGCAAGGCGACCCUUUGUCGCCAUAUUUAUUCCUAAUGGUGGUGAAGGGUCUCAGUGCGUUGAUUGAUAACCGAAUGCGUAGGGGUUUGUUACAGGGGAUACACAUAGCGAGAGAGGCCCCGCCGAGUUCACAUCUUUUAUUCGCGGACGACUGUUUCCUCUUUCUGUGUGCAAAUAUGGAAGAAAGUCUUGAGAUGAAACGGGUGUUGGAUAUGUAUGCUGAGGCCAGCGGACUGUUAGUAAAUUAUGAUAAGUCAGUGGUGUGUUUUAGCGCGAAUGUGGAUGUGCACAGCCGAACUCAGGUUUCGAAUAUACUAGGGGUUGAGCAGGGAGACACGGCGGGGAGGUAUCUGGGAUUACCCUCUUUGGUAGGCCGGAACAAGAAGGAGAUCCUCGGGUUUUUGAAGGAAAAAAUACUAAACAGGGUAAGAAGUUGGAACACAAGGUUCUUGUCACGCGCCGGUCGAGAGUUUUUGCUAAAAAAUGUCUUGCAAGCAUUACCAUGUUAUGCUAUGAUGGUGUUUAUGUUACCAGCGAGCCUUUGCAGAGAGAUAGAGGUUAUUCUAAAUCGCUAUUGGUGGACUAGGUCUGUUAAGAAUGUGGCCGGUUUGAGAUGGAAAUCAUGGGGUGCUCUUAGUGUUCCGAAAGCAAAAGGUGGGCUGGGGUUUAAAGAUUUGAGGAAUAUGAACCUGGCACUGUUGGAACUAGGAACGAAUCCCUCGUUUGUAUGGUGCGGCAUUAUGGGAUCACAACAUGUGGUUCCCCAAUGGGAAAGGCGCAGCAUAGGCGAUGGCAGAACCACAACUAUUGGUUCGGAUCCAUGGCUUGUGAUGGAGGCUGAUCCAUAUGUUAGAACUAAUUUAAAUCACUCCAUUAUGGUUACCCUUGUAAGUUCGCUGCUGAGGGGGGAUGGGGCCGGCUGGGAUGUGGCAUGCGUAAGUGACGUGUUUGAUGAACGAGAUGCACGGUGUAUUCUGAAUAUUCCAGUGAGUAUUAGAAACCUGCUGACGCCUGGGUAUGGAGUGGGGAUUCUAAAGGGAGAUAUACUAAAUGAUAGAGUCUGGAGAAGGAUUCAAUUUGACAGGGAAUCAGUGUUGCGCUCCGCGAUAACGUUUUGGCAUAACUGGAGAACGGUUAACGUGGGCUCACAUAAUGAAGCUGUUGUUCAUAGCAAUGCGGAGACUUGGAGGCCAUCGGCUGCCGAUAGGCUCAAAAUAAACACGGGCGCAGCUUUUUGUGUUGAGGAAAAUGUUAUGGGCCUAGGAUGGGUUCUCCGGGAUGAGGAUGGUCGUUUCUUGGCUGCACGUAGCACUUGUGUUGCCGGAAUGCAUACAGUAGUGGAGGCAGAGGUUCUAUGCUUACGUGAAGCACUGAUUUGGUUGCGUGGAACAGGGAUGGGAAAUGUAGACUCUUUUGGUUUUUUAGUAGAUGAUGUAAAGCAUGUAGCCUCUAUGAUAGAUGGGGUUAGCUUCCAGUAUGUUAAACGAUCUGCGAAUCGUGCAGCCCUUGCUGUAGCUCGGGAAGCCGUUUCUGUGUCAGGUCCUGGGGAAUGA